CUUAAGAGGCAAACUGAUAUUCAUCGUCAGUCUCGUUCCAGCAGUCGAGUCCCUUCUUCUUCAGCAAAGAAGGACGACGAUCGCAGCAGGAGCUGACCCUGCAAUCCUGGCAUCGGCCAUGUUGGCUUCGCGGUGCAAAUUUCCCGGCAUUUCCACGCCGUUGUCUGUCGGGACUUUCGUCAAACACCUGGCGGUCCCCAUAUCAACGAGGCUGCACUGUGCUCUGGUCGAUGCAGAAGGCGGAGCCAAGGGCAGAGCCGUUCGCUGUCCGAAGUUCCGGGCCCUGACGAAUGAUCAGAAGGAGCAGAUACGCCUCUACGUCGACGCUCUCCUUGAGUGGAACCAGAGAAUGAAUCUGACUGCUGUCAGAGAGGCGGAUGAGGUGAUGGAGAGGCACGUCGAGGACUCCCUAUCGAUUAUCCCUCCGAUACGGGACUCUUAUCUUUCGCAUUGCGAUGCUUCUUGCGGUAAGAUCAGCGUCGUCGAUGUCGGGAGUGGCGCCGGGCUUCCUGGACUGGUCUUGGCAAUUGCGCAGCCCGAUUGGCAGGUGACUCUUGUUGAGUCUAUGAGAAAACGUUGUGUUUUCUUGGAGCAUGCGGUCAAUCUAGCCGGGGUGUCCAAUGCUGAGGUCGUGAAUGGAAGAGCCGAGGAUAUUGGUAAUGAUUUGCACUUCAGAGAACAUUUUGAUGUUGCUGUUGCGAGAGCUGUAGCCGAGAUGAGAGUCUUAGCUGAAUAUUGUCUUCCACUUGUUCGUGUUGGUGGCUUGUUUGUGGCUGCGAAGGGUCACAAUCCGGAGGAUGAAGUUAAAAAUGCUGAAACGGCAAUCCGGUCGAUGGGUGCUUCCCUUUUGCAAGUCUGUCCCGUUGAAUCCCAUGGUCCAUACGGGCAGCGAACUGCCAUCAUCUGUUUGAAGGGUCACCCCACACCCAGAAAGUAUCCCCGCCAUGCAGGCACACCAGCGAAAGACCCACUGUAAAUAUUCAGGUGGCCAUCUGCCGAUCAUCGCAGGUUAUAUAAUGUAAUUCCCUGCGAAACUGUUGUACAAUAUAACUCGUUUGUGCGAAAGUGUGAUUCUUUGUCAAUUUCAUUCGCCGCCACUACCAGUAGUAGCUUAUCAAUGAA